CUCUCUCUCUCUCUCUCUCUCUCUCUCUCAUUGAGCUGAGACUGAAACAUGGACUCAGGCGUCUCUGGAACCUGAUUCUGAUCUGAUCAACGAGAAAUGCUGAAAAUUUCCUGAAAGAAAACCUUUAUAAUAUAUGAACGACUCCUUUCCAAGGAACUUCAACCAAAACAUCCAAAGACCCAGAUCUGGACCUGGACCUGGACCUGGACUUGAACCUGGACCUGGACUCUGCCCUCAAACACUGUGACAGUUGAUCAUAGAUUUCCUGGAUUACACUCAGGAUGAGCAGCAGGACAGUGGACAGAGGAAGAGGAAGCAGCGAGGUCUUCCUCAGCGUUCACCGCUGCCCCGAGGUCGACCGGCCGCCUCGUCACCGUGGUGAUGCUUCACCUUGCCCUCAGCAGAAGAUCCACCAGGUCACAUGUGCAGGUGAAGCACAGGUGGAUUAUCUGAGUGUCUGUCACUCUGAGGAAGAGGAGGAGGAAGAGGAGGAGGAGGAGGAGGAGGGAAGUGAGAGCAACUGGUCGGAGGAAGAUCUCUCCCUCCAUUUCUCUCCCUCUGUCAUCCUUCAAUCAGAGGACGAAGCGUCCGAUCCAGAGAGCGGCUUCAGGUGUGUCGAUGUUACCGUGGAAACACAGGUGACGGGUCAGGAGGAGGUGGGGCUAAAGACAGUCCCAAAGAGACAGAUUCAACUGAAGAAGAAGAAAAAAAUGGAAAACGUCAACAACAGCAAGGUCAAAGGUCUGUCCCGCCCACCUGUGGAAGGGGGCGGAGCCCACAGUGAAUUCUGUCCAACUGUCCGCUCCCGUCCCGACACGUUACUACGGCAACACAGUGUCCCCGCCUCCUUCCACGCGCAGCCCUCGGACAGCGGCGACGUGGACGGCUACAGGGUUUACCGGGGCCUCGUCUCAGGGGCUCAUCAAGGGUUUCAGGUAGGCGGAGACUCGCCACGGCGUCUGCAGAAGUCUCUCUCUCUGGACGAGACCAAGACAAAGAUGGCGUCCUGUAUCAUCAAGAGCGUCCUCUCCAAGAAGAUGCAGGUGGAGCAGAUGAACACGCCUGCCACCCGCCCACCUGUGAGAGGGGGCGGGGCUUCACCUGUGCGGGAGGGUGGGGCCGCAGGAGUGUGGAAAGCGCCGGUCCAUGUGGUCAGAGACGUAAAGAGUUUAGUGAAAAACACGUACAACCUGUCGUUCGCCACGGCAACAACACCUGCCGACAAACCAGCCAGCUUCAAGCUGAUUGGCCGGGACAGUCCCCCGCCCACAUACCAGCAGGCUGUUGAGGUCAAAGGUCAUCAGAUAUUGAAAUCCUGCAGGGGACACGUGGCAAAGGUCGCGGCUUCUUUCAGCCAAUCACAGCCCACGCGACAGAGCGACGCGUCCAGUCGUCUAAUCACACGAGAGCAACGAGGCAGCGAGCCUGUUGCGAGAGGAGGGAGGGUCAAUGAAGUCAUCUGGCCUGUCGCAUCAGAAGACACGCCCUCAUCCAUCGCUGCAACUGUCAGCCAAUCAGAACGAGCCAAGGGUGUGAGGGGUGGAGAUCCUCCCCCUUCCUCCUCCCACACAGGGAGCCAGCAGGAACAAAUGGGUGUGUCCUGUCCCUUUGGCUCCUCCCACAGGUGUGUCUUCACUCCCUCCACUCUGCACCCCUACGUGAAGGUCAACUACAAGCCCUGCCCCCUGAACUAUGUCCAGCCCCCGUCAGCUCCCACACACCUGCUGGAGAGGAGCGAGGAAAGCCCCUCAGAGCAGCCAGACCACAGCCAGAAGCCCCGCCCCCUUCAGCCAGCCAGGACGACAAGAGACAAGGAAGGAGGUGACAUCACAGUGACUCCGCCCACACAAACAUGUGAGCAUGGCACGCAGCAGCACGGUCACAAUCCUCCAUGCAGACUUCAGGGGUUCUUACCUGCUCAAGUGGGCGGGGACUUCCUGGUUGCUGGACCUGGAGCCUUCCUCAGUGGCCCCGCCCCCUUCCAAGUGAUGUUAGAACCUCAAAGUGGGCGGUGUUAUUAUGUAGACACGCCCCCACAGCAUCAGAGGAAGAUACUGAUGGAUCCAGAAACUGGUCAGUUCUUCCAGGUGCUCCUCCCUACAACUAGCCCCGCCCAUAGCACUCACUUGUUCCCAAUGUGUUGUGUUAACCCCGCCUCCACUGUCAUCAACCCCGCCCCAACAAUGCUACAAAGCAGCAGCGUUAACCCGAGCGUUCUGUCCGUGAUGCCCUUCCAGCCAAUGGCGUCGUCCCUGUGCGGCGCCCCCUGCCUCCCGUUCACCAUGUUCACACCAGCAACCAACUUCACACUCACUUCACCACAAUGAGGCUGAAUGAAAAUGAAAUAAAAUCCAGAGAUGAAGGGAAAGAAUAAUAUCACGUUUUUAUUGUUAAAUGUUUUUAAAACAGAAAACAUUCACAUUUUUGA